AUGACGAAAGUCUCCGCCCUCGACAACUGGUAUCCCCUCAACAAAUGGUUUCUGAGAUCUAAGCUCAACGAACUGUCUCCGCCCUCGACGACCUGUCUCCUCCCUCUACGACCUCUCUCUUCCUUCGACGACCUAUUUCCGCUUUCGACGAACUGUCUCCUCCAUCGACGACCUGUUUCCGCCUUCGACGAACUGUCUCCUCCAUCGACGACUUGUUUUCGCCUUCGACGAACUGUCUCCUCCAUCAACGAUCCUCCUCCCUCCUUUGAUGAAUGCCUUUUGGCUUCCCCCCCUAUUAUGAUGAAUGGUCUCGGCCUUCCCCCUACAGUCUCAUCCCUCCUUCGACAAAUGAUCCCCUCUUGA